AUGGAAAUUCCUGCUAGCCUUCUUGUGACUACAGGCACCUUUGUUUAUGUAGCUGUAAAAGGAUCAUUACAUUCUUCUGAUACAUCUGUAUUUGGUCUCUGUGAAGUGGAGGUGAAAGCAUUGGUGAAAAGAUUUUCCAAUAAGCAGAAGGAAGUUAUAAAUGGAAUUAUACUAGAAGCCCCACCCAUAGUAGUAAUAAAUGCCCUUAGUCAGCUUGGGUACAGGGUGGUAGCUACUACUGGGGCAAGUCAGUCUCUAGAUGAAAUGGAAUUCGAAAGAGGGAUCUGGUAUGCUGCUCAAUAUGGUGAUCUAGACAGAGUCAUCAAAUUGCUGAAUAAAUGCAAUGACCCAGACAUGAGAGAUACUGCAGGAUACACUGCUCUGCAUUAUGCUGCAAGGAAUGGUCACAUGCAAGUGUGUCAGCUGCUGGUUAAUAAAGGGGCAGAUGUUAAUGGGGUAACAAGAGGUGGAGCAACAGCUUUAGGCCGUGCUGCAUUAGCAGGUGAGGGACAAAUUGUUGAUUUUUUAUUAACAAUGAAAGCAGAUCCGUUCAUCCAAGAUUCAGAUGGUAAAACUGCCCUCCAUAGAGCAAAGGAAAAUGGACAUCUUGAAAUAUGCAGGAAACUGUUGAGGUUUGCUCCCACUCUCAAGGAAGUUAGUGAUAACAAAGGCAAUAAAGUUGAUGACCUGAUUUGA